GCGACCGUCCAUAUUUGGAGUGGUACUGCUACGGCAUUUAGAAAAUCUAUCUUUAUGCUCGUCUUUUGAUGUCGACCCCUGUGCCGAGUUCAAGCAGUUGCUUGAAUUUAAUAGCGUCAGGAAUGAAAUAACUGCAAGGGCACUUCACUACACUAUAGCAAGCGUCAACAGAACUUGCUUCGAAAGCAUUAGAUUCUCACUGUGUCUUAGAAUCCAGUGAAUAUUAGUAUGGCCGGCUCUGCUGAGGUCAUAUUGGAUUUCUCCCAGCCUUGGAGAAUGAGUGAUGUUGUGCUGCUUGUCGAAGAACAGCGAAUGCAUGUUCAUCAAAGCAUACUGGCUAUGUGGUCAACUGUAUUUGAGGAAAUGUUCAAUGAGCUAAGGAAAAAGAACUCGCGGGCUUUGCACCUUGAAGGUGUGAAGGCACACGAAAUGAGGGAAUUGUUGUUGUUUAUUUAUCCGACCAUCUCUCGUCCGAUAAACGAGGAUAAUUGUUAUUGUUUGUUGGAAUUGGCAAAGAGGUUCAAAAUGGGAAAAGUGACUGAAGAUUGUGAGGAAUACCUAAUGAGGACGACGAAAAAGGGGAGCGACGCGAUCAAUAUGCUUGUGCUGGCCUCCAAAUAUGGCUUAAAGAGGCUCCGUGACGACUGCCUUCACACCGUGAAGAAACUUAACUGGUCGACGAUACGAUCGCACGAGGCGUACGAAGAGAUAGCCCUACCAGAUUACCGCACGAUCGCCGAGCAAAUAAUCAAGAACUUACAGAAUGAAUUAUCUGAGCAAAAGUACAAAACUGAGGAGCUUGAAGACGAGGUUGAGUCUUUACUCCCGCGCGGGAAGCCUGUGUCAACUGGACGAGUGAGCCCUAUGGCACGCCAACAAUCCCCCGAGCGACUGAGACCUGUCUCGCCGAACCCUUGUACCCAGGACUCCAUAGUGAAGGACUUUGGGAUGGAUACCCCACAUCCAGGACCACCAACCCACGACUACCACUCUCCCCACUCCACUGAGACGUCAAGAAGGGAUUUCGAGGCGAGUCCAAAAAUGCAGCGCAAAUUCUCCCCUCCCACCCCUACCCAUAAAACAUCCGUCAAGUCAACAGAAGGCUUAGCGAACCCUAAGCUAAUUCAUCCCAAUUUUUAUUCCACGUCGAAAGUUGAGAAGAAAUCUUCGUGUCAACGAGCAGGUCAGCCAAGUCCACAAACGUCCAAGAAAUCAUCUGUUACCACAGAGGAGAGCUCCGAGAUCAGAGAAAAGUUUUCGUCUUUCUCAACAACGCACGAGACGUCGACUAAAAAAAGCGGUUUUGGUGCCUCGUUUUCAGGCGAUCGGUACCAGCCCACUAUAAGCCCAGACGCGCCACCCAAGAUAACCCUCCCAGCAGAAGAUAUGCUGUCUUCUAUCUCGGGCCCGGCCAUAAGUCCCAUACAGUCCAAGUAUUCAACACCCGCACAAGCAGACGAAGCCCUGUCCACAAUGCCAAGCGAGCCCAGAGCCAGUCCAAGAAUGCAGCGCAAGUAUUCACCGACUUCUGGGCCCAGUUCCUACAAGCAAAAGAAGCAUCUGCAAGUAACGUUGAGCAGCGCGGCAAACACCACCAAAGGAGCCUCCCUCCCUGCGACUAAGUCAGGACCCCCCGUACCCAAAAGAACGCAUCCCGUCAAACCACAGCCAAUCAUCAAGGAGUUCUAAUCCCGCCAAUCAUCAAGGAGUUUUAAUCCAGCCAAUCAUCAAGGAGUUCUAAUCCAGCCAAUCAUCAAGGGGUUUUAAUCCAGCCAAUCAUGAAGGAGUUUUAAUCCAGCCAAUCAUCAAGGAGUUCUAAUCCAGCCAAUCAUCAAGGAGUUUUAAUCCAGCCAAUCGUCAAAGAGUUUUUAUCCAGCCAAUCAUCAAAGAGUUUUUAUCCGGAGUUUUAGUGACCUACUGUGUAAACAGAAAACGAAGUGUGGAGAAGAUAAUGAAAUUGGGAUAUUUAAUGUUUAAAUUACUCUUAAUUUGGAACAAAUAAAAUAAUUUUAAAAGUU